UUGCAAGCGAACGCACGUUUCUAUUUAACAACUUUUUAAUUACAUAAUUAAAAUACUAUAAUUUCGCAAUGUCUAUUAGUAUUGAGCGUUUAAUAGUUGAGAUAGAAUCUCGCCCUGCGUUGUGGGAUUGUAGGGCCAAGGAAUAUAGUGAGAGGCUGUUGAAACGGGAUGCUUGGAAAGAAGUGUGUUCUGCUUUGGACCCAAACUAUGACGAUUAUACCAAGGCGGAGAAAAUGAAUACAGCCGCCUUAAUACAGAAGAAAUGGAAAGGCAUCCGAGACGCGUUCGUUAGAGAAUUAAAGAAAAGUACCCAAAAAGGCGUACCACCACACAAACCUUACACAUACUACGACAACCUAUCAUUCCUAAAACCGAUAUACGAACAAAAUCCUAAUACAAAGACUAAGAAAGAAGAAGAAGAUACCUCGAUAUAUGGAGAAGCUCAAGAGUAUGAAAAUGAUGAAACUGAUGAUUCAAGUUCCAAUGAUAUGUCGCAAACAGCAGCUGCUACCAAAAGUACCACCUUUACUUCUAGAAAGAGAAAGCAUGAGGACACAUUCCUCAAAUUACUAACAGAACAUGUAAAGAAUAAGAAGAUGCAGAGUCUCCACAAUGAUCCAGACAGACAGUUCCUGCUGUCUCUUCUACCAGAUCUUAAGAAUAUAGACCCCAGUGUCAAGUUUGAGUUGAAAUAUGAAAUUAUGAGUGUUAUUAAAAGGUUUAAAGGUUUUAAUAAGUGAUAGGAUGAGUGAUGUUGUUGUUAAAUACUUUUAAAAUAUUGGUUAGAUUAAUAUUUAAUUUAACUACGUACUGAAAUUUGAUUUUUUUAACAUAUAAAAUUUCCCUUGUUUGUAGGUUUUCAAAUGGAUUCUUAAUACUUGAUGAUAAGGUUAAGAAUUCUUAUCAAUUAAGGUUAAGAAAUCCAUUGAAGAAACUGGUAGCAUUCCAUUUCAUGUUAUUUAUGUAAUAGGUAGUAUAUUAGGUACGGCAACGAACUGUUUCAAAUGUUCACAAUUUUGUUUUAUUAAUUUUCAUAUAAUUAUGUUAUAUUCAAAAUAUUGUAACGAAAUUAUAUUAUUAAUUUGUAGAUUUUAACCUAUUGAGCGCUACUGUUGGCUAUAGACGAUAAAUAAAAAUUGGACCAAUCCACUACAAUACUGUCGCACAUAACUGACAAGAAUAUGUAAUUUUUCAGUAAGUCCAUUUUCUUUGGUCGUCUAGUUCCUACCGUAAUGCUCAAAAGGUUAAAAAAAUCUCAUAAUUCAUUUAGUAAUAAUUACAAUUAUAACAUGUUGAUAAGUGAUUUUAAGUUUUUGUCAUCUAAUCGUACACUUUAAAAAAUGUGAUUGUAUAUAAGUAGUUAAAAUAUAAUAAUUGUUAUCAAUACCAAUCAAAUAAGAAAGCUAUAUAUU